AAGAGACUUAAAGAUUUUUUGAUUUUUUUUUUUUUUUCUGGUGUGGUAUCUGCCUUCUGGAGGCUCCUUCGUGGCUCUGAAGGGAAGGCACAAGGGUUAAAAAGGGAUAAAGAAGCUUGGGGACACAGGGAGGGACACAGAAGGAGUGAUGGCAGGGAAUGGUGCUCACUCCAAGGGGGAGAGCUCUGGCUGAGGCAUCUUGGAAAGCUGAGCCUGGGGGAAGCAGAUGAGAGUGUUGGUGAAUUUCAGUUCUGGCUUUCUUUCUGUGCUUGACCGCAUGGAGAAGUGCAGUUGGGGCCGGUCCUCUGUUGUACCGUGGGGGAUUGAUGACACUGCCCAAAACUGGGGCUACUGCCAUCAGCUCAUUUUUAUUUUAUGAAGAAAUCAGAGUGAUUGCUUGAGGAAUAUUGGAUCUAAAUGGAUUUAACCAGGAUCACGUGUAUGGGAUUAAGGGUUCUGCUGGCUCAGAGCAUCCUGUGUCUCUUCUUGCUGUGAUGGUGUCACAGAACAUCCACUUUAGAUUUGUGAUGGAUAUUGUCUUGUUCCACAGCUAUUUUCAUUAUAACCAAGUUGUUGUUUUGUUGUUUGUUUUUUUUUUGGUUAGGGAUUAGGAAAAUCCAGGCUGUUGCAAUUCCAACACCCACGUGGGAGGUUGCUGAGGGGCAGGGCCCCAUUAUGGGGAUCCCUUUGGGUUCAUCAGAGGGGUGUUCAAGGCAGGACAGGUGGGGCUGUCAUGGCUGGGUGGUUGUGCACAGUGCUCAUCACUCACGGGACAGCAGGACACAGCACACAGCUCUGGGACCAGGCAGCCCCAGCAGUGGUCCCUGUGUGAGAGAAGGUGGCCUGGGAAAAGGUGUCAGCUUCUCUCCCAGAGACCUCAGUGGAGCAGCACAGACUGGUGUGUGAGCUCAAGGAGCUGUGGAACAUGUCCUGGCCUCCUCCCAUGGAUCAUGAAGGGCCACCGUGGUGCUUUCCACCACCUCAGCUCCACCUUUCCUCAAGAGCACCAGAAUAAUGGCCAGGUAGCCACUCCACCAGGAGAGCUUCAUCCUAACUAGGACAGGAGUGGAGUCAACUCAGAAACUGAAGAUUCUGUUGAGGCAAUGUGAAAUGACCCUGUCUCCAAAGGAACUUCAUCAUCAUCAUCAUCUUCCCACACUGGAGAGGUCUGCCCUGAUCGCAUCUGUGGGAUUUUUCUGCUCUUAAGAAAUAUUUUGAUGGUUUACUCAAAAAUCUCUGGGGGAACAGCACAUGCCCACACCAGAGGCUGAUUUUCUUUAACAGCUGGAUUUCAGAACCAUGUCCAGAAAUACUUUCUCUGUUUUAUCCAGCAUCCUUGGGGUUCUGAGGUAUUUGGGAUGUUGCACUGCUGCUGCUGCUGGUGGCAGUUCCCAGGAGAUGGGGUAUCCUGAAGGAUAUCUUUGGAAGCUUGAAGCAUGAAACAAGCCUCAUUUGUGCUUUACAAAAUACAAGCAAUUCUUCUGCAAGCAGUUUACAGGGUCAGCAAAAUGCAAGGGUUUUUUUUUUGAGGAAAAACUAAGAGAAGAAGGUUCUUCAACUACUAACUCUGCACAGGAUACCCCGAUGCCUACCCUGUGCCUUGGAGCGUUGUCCAAGGGCCCUUUGAGCUUUGUCAGGCUGCCGUGGGGAGCUGUUCCAGUGCCCGGCCACACUGUGGGGGAAGAACCUUUCCCUAAUAUCCAUCUUAAAGCUCCCCGACCAGCUCCCGCCGUUCUCCCUCUCGCCGGGUUUUCCCACCACCGCUUCCCCUCAGGGCAGAUAUCGCCUUCCCUCGAGCCCCUCAGGGCCGCUCCCGCCAUCGUCUCCCCUCAGGGCCGCUCCCGCCAUCGUCUCCCCUCAGGGCCGUUCCCGCCAUCGUCUCCCCUCAGGGCCGUUCCCGCCAUCGUCUCCCCUCAGGGCCGCUCCCGCCGCGAUGUUCCGCGGACACCGGGCUUGGUUCUCGCAGAGCGUCAGCCCGGGCCCGCGGGGGCUCUGGGGUGAGGGAACCAGGCGACGACCAGGGAUGCCUCGGGGCACCGAGCCGGCAGGAAUCCGUGGGGGACACAGCCCUGUCACCAUUCAGCGGGAAUUAGGAGGGGAGCACAGCCCCAUCAUUCCUCAGCAGGGCGCAGCAGUGGCGGCACAGCCCUGUCAUCCCUUCGUGGGUCUGAGACCCACACAACAGGGCAGGGCAUGAAUUUGGCCAGUCCAUGGUGCCUCCACACUGAGGAAAAGCCCUGAACAACCCUCAGGGGAGCAAUGGGAGUACCACAGCCAUGGGGAGGAGGAAAAGCCCUGAACAACCCUCAGGGAGUCCCACAGCCAUGGGGAGCUAUCACACCUUCCAUUUCAGGGCCCACCUCUGCAGCCCCACAAGCAGCUGUCCCCAUCCCAGGUCACCCCGAGGUGGGAACCCCCUGGAUGCCCACCCUCACCUCACUCCUGUCCCCUGCAGCAGACGGUGGCGGGACGAUCGCUCACUGGCUGGAUGCCGACUACCUCUUCAGCAGUGAUGCCACCCACCCCGACACCCGCAGCAUACACGAGAGCCUCAGUUACUUGGAAGGCAGAGCCACAGUCUUUCACUCCUGUUACCUCUCAGUGUGUGCAGGCACAGGCGCCGGAGAGAAGCCCUCGGUGGUUCUGGGCCAUUUUGUCCUGCCCCCUGCCUGCCUCCAAGAAGAAAUCAGAAGCAAAAUUGGACGGUUUAUUUGGGAGAAGGCAGAUGCCCUUGAAGAACAGCCCAACAGAAACUUGCCAGAGGAACCAGAAGCAGCAAGAAAUGGCUGUGAGGAAGAACCAGAGGAGGAGGCACUAGACCUGGCUGAGAGCAGUGAAGAAACAGACUCUGAAGCACUUGCCCAGGGAGAAUUUCCAUACCGUGCCCUCCAGGAAUACCCGACAAACAACAUGGUGACAGGCUAUGCCUCUGCACGGGACAUGAAGAAAUAUGAGGGGGAACUCCAUGACUUUACCCCCGGCACUUCGGGCUAUGCAGCGUACUGGGUUCAAAGCAAAUUCAGCAUUUACUGUGAGAAGACCAAAAUGAAGAAGAAACUGUAAGGAACAGGUGGCUGGAGCAGCAAAAACUUCAAUGCAAGAGCUGCCAGGUGAUUUAUAAACCAUCUGACUACAGCUCAGUCUUCCAUGUGUUAUUUAAGUAUUGGCUACAGUCAUUGCAGUAUUUGCUUCAUUGAGUAACUACUUAAACUGAAUUUCACAACAAACAUAAAUACAGAUAUUUCU